UGAAAAACAAUAUUUAAUGGGUUAAUGUGUUCACAAAAAAACGUCGGUCACCCCCCCUUUGGGUCUUUUCUAUUUAUAGCAUCAGCUGUUGCAAUACAAAGAUGAGCUAUUGAACAGUAUUGUUGAUCGCAGAUGUGGGCAGCAGCAGCUCAGGGCGGCGGUGGAGCUGGUGUGAAGAAGAAGAAGAAGCCGAGGAAGAAGAGGGAGAUGAGGAGGAAUAUGUCGUUGUGAGGAGGAAGAGGACGUUUUCUUCUUUUGUGUGUUUCAACUCUAAAUCGCCAGGUGUGUCUCCUCAGCCACCUACUAGCCUACUUCUCACCUUUACCACCACUAUCGAGGUAGCCAUGGCGACCAGCGCCCUGCCAAGUGACAACCUGCCAACGUACAAGCUGGUGGUGGUGGGGGAUGGCGGUGUUGGGAAGAGCGCCCUCACCAUCCAGUUUUUCCAGAAGAUCUUUGUGCCGGACUACGAUCCCACGAUAGAGGACUCGUACCUGAAACACACAGAGAUAGACGGACAGUGGGCCAUACUGGAUGUGCUGGACACAGCCGGUCAGGAGGAGUUCAGUGCGAUGAGGGAGCAGUACAUGAGGACAGGAGACGGCUUCCUCAUCGUCUUCUCUGUGACAGACAAGGCCAGCUUCGAACAUGUCGACCGGUUCCAUCAACUCAUACUACGGGUCAAAGACAGGGAUGCCUUCCCCAUGGUGUUGGUGGCCAACAAAGUGGACUUGGUCCAUCUGAGAAAGAUCACCGCCGACCAGGGCCAAGAGAUGGCGGCAAAACAUAAUAUAACUUAUAUUGAAACCAGUGCCAAGGAUCCUCCGAUGAAUGUGGACAAAGCCUUUCAUGAGCUGGUUCGGGUUAUAAGGCAACAGGUGCCAGAGCGAAACCAGAAGAAGAAAAAGAAGAUGAAAUGGAGAGCAGAACGUUCAGCGGGUUCCCACAGGUUCCACUGCGCCAUAUUGUGACCUCCCUCGUCCUGUUUAUCAUUCGUACCAUACACAAACAUAACACACGCGCACCCACAUUACCUUUGGAUGUCAGGGAACUCCCCAGCAGUGGUUAACUACUGGAGCACAAAAGGGUCGAUGAAAGGCUGAAAAAGUGAAUCUGAAAUGUUGGACUGAUGUCCCCUCACCCUUCACAAGGCCUUGGGAUGAGCGCUGUGCCCUCUCUCCUCGAUUUCAAACGUCUAUAGAGUCCUCCCAUCUUUAUUCAACACAGAACUACGCUGUCACCGAACUGUUUCUCAAUCAAGUGUAAUUUAAUUUCAAAUGUGUCACUCGAUGACAGACUCUGGGGGGGGAAAAGCCAGAGAUCAUCUUGAUAUUGGAACUUCUGGAGACAGGGAGUAAAAGGGAGCACUCGGCUGAAAACGGCACCUCGUUUUUCACGGGGCAACUCCCAACAACCUGCUGGUCGUCACCUUUCUACCCUCACACUCCUACAAUCUGUGGAAGAAAAGCAUCUGUGUGAUCUUUCGAUAUGUCGUCUGUUGUUCUCUCUCUUUGUGGAGCGGACACCAUAAGGGCGUGGUGGAUGAAUAAGAGAGCGGUGAUUUGUGGUGGUGAAAAUAGAAGUUGCGUGGCGUCGUCGGUGGAUGAGUGAGCCGUGAGUGUAGCGUGAACUUCAUGGUCAUGUGACGCUCUGGUUUUGAGAUGUCAGUUCAGGGAGGAUGGAAGAUGGACGUGUCGUGGCAAGCGAGAGAAACGUGAUGCGGAGAAAAUGUGUCAUAUCGGUCGACAGGUUAGCGGGGUAUGGUCAUAUCAGCGUGUUGAAUAAGUGUUUGAAUAUAGUAAUUGUAAAGGAGUAUGUGGUUCAUGUAAAAAUAACAGGGUUUAUAGAGAGGCGAAGUCCCGCCCUUUUUGUUAUUUAGGAAAAAAUAUGAACGGUAGUCAACGGCGUGAGACAAAUAUUUUUUUGAUCCUGUUUGAAUUGCGCCAUGAAUUGAUGUUUGUCAAUUUAAAACAUAAUUUUGCAAGUCAAGAAAGUCACAGUUUGUUGUGAAACUGAUGAAAUAUCAGACUGAAAAUAUGUAAUUAGAAAGAUGACAGACACAAAAGUUUGUAAGUGACGUCUCCCUCGCAGAGGCUACGAUUAUUGUGUGUUUCAUACUGGGAUGAACU